CAGCAGCAGCUGGCAUGAGCCGCUGGACGGUGGGCCCUCGACCACCGCACCGCCAGAUGCUAGUUCCGGCGGGGCCCACGGCCAGCGAGAGAAAGGAGAGGGGAGAUCAAUGGUGUUCGUCCCCUUCGGCCAGCAAUCCCAUCCCAUCCCAUCCCAUCGAAUCGACGAGCUAGCAAGGUAGGAGGGGGGUGAUUCGAUUGAUUGCCUGGCUUCCCUCCCCUCAAAUCGAGAUCGAAAUCCCCAUGCUGAUGUUGCUAGGCUAGGAGCCUCGAUGAGAUUCCCCUUCAUCAAUUUCAGUUAUCUGCCUGCUUCCCCUUCGUCCGCCGGGGUGCGCGCGACAAGUGCCCCGUGCAGGUUCCCUUCACUUCACACAUCCAACCAGGUACAGUACAUUCCCUUGCCUGAUUUCCAGCCUCAGCUCCAGAUGUAAGUAUCAUCAACGCCAGGCUCCUGGAUUAGAGCCAGCCAAUGCACACUCGUUUAGAGUAGACCACACCGCACCGCCGCCCUCAUCAUUUUGUGAUCUGGGUUGGGUACUCAGAUAUUCAUAAGGACAUGUGUUGUUACACACACAUCUUCGGAGUUGGGACCGCACCCUUACCCUCCAUUUGUCCACUCUCUCUACCUGCAGUCAUCUUAUCCAUCCUCUUCCUCUCCAGCUGUUCCGCUGCCUGAUACGCAUUGCCAUUGACCUUAUGAUCGGCUACCUAUUCCCUUCUUCAGUUCUUGACGAGAUACACCUUUCAAGUUUUGAACACCGUGAAAUGAUCCUCUGAUCCGACAUGGGCCUCAAGGAACAGCAUCCGCAACCCAACACCACUGAUCAAACUGAUGCCGUCAACUCGCCUACUGCUGAUGACCACCACAAUCCGGCCAUCCCCCGUGUAUCAAGCUGCAGCACUGAUAAGGAUUCUGGCCUUUCACUUUGCCGGGUCUGUCAUUGCGUCGAGACUGAUUUCAGAGGCGAGUCUGCCCUAGGUUUCUUGGGCAUUGUGCCGCCUUCGAGAGAGCCUUCCGCCCCAAGGACCAACAAUGAUGCUACCAAGACUUCCACCAGCAAGGAUGUCAUCACUGGGCUAAAGGAUGGAACCAAUGCCCCCAGGUUUGUUGAGUUUAUAAGCCCCGAGGGCGAGAUAUUCGUGUGCGCUACUGACGUCGAAUCAGGCCCCCUGCAUCAACAAGAUCAUCUUGUGGAUCUAGGCUGUUCCUGCAAGAAUGAGCUUGCCCUUGCGCAUUAUGCCUGUGCAUUGAAGUGGUUCAUCAGCCAUGGAUCCACUGUGUGUGAGAUAUGUGGAAGUAUUGCUGCAAAUGUAAGGCCUGACGAUUUCAACAAGGUCCUUGUGUCCUUGAAGGAUUAUGAAGCUCUCAGGGAAAGGACAUCUACUGGGGAACUCUCAUACUUGCAGCAUGUGGCAGACACAGGUGUUGACCCAGAUGCUGUUGCGGCAAUACGAAGGCAGCGGCUUAGCGAGAUAUCAUCUUGGUUCAAUCCUCAUAACUCUCACAUGGCUGUCUCUCAAGGGCACGUUGAUCAGCCGCCACUUAGUCCAAGCAAUAAUUCUGUACCGGAGCAUAGUAUUGUGGCAGCGAGACGGGUGCAUACAAGAUGGAGUUUGGAGAGUACUGGAGUUCUUGUUGCUAUUGGCCUAGCUGUGAUUGUUCUUGCAUGGUUGGUUGCUCCACAUGUUGGCAAGAAGGCUGCUGUAAUUGGUCUUCACAUGCUUCUUGGAGGUUUAUGCGCGUUGACUCUAGUAAUAUCCAUGAGAUUUGUUUUCCCGAGAAUCCAGUAUGGGUCUAUGCAAUAUUGGGCAAUCUUGUUUGUGUCCUGGUUCCUUGUGUUUGGUGUUUGGGCCUCACGAACUCGCAGCAUACGCUCCUCAUGAGCAUGUAGAAUAGCAAGAGUCACUGUGGCAGAGCCAGAUUGAGUUCGCCAUGGCAGUGUUAGGUACUGCACUCCUGUGUAUAUUCACCAUACUAUCCAUAUCGGUUGCCUUUUUAGGGAGUUGUUAUAUUUGAGAUGUAUAUGCUUGACCUAAGAAAGGAUGGAAAAUCAUGUUAUAUUUGAGAUGUAUAUGCUUGACCUCUGGAUGUUAUAGUUAAUAGUAUAAUUUUGACUUUUUUUUA